UACAUAUAUAUUCAUAUAUGUAUAUAUGUGGAUAUUUCCAUUUCUGUUCUUCACUGAAUAAAGGUAAAACAUCUUAACUCAAGAUCUUUGAUGACCUAGAUUUAACCUACCUUAUUUGUCUUACUUGCCUUUAUUCUCAUUUAUGUUAUUUAUCACAUUAGAAAACAAUACCCACAGAGGUAACAUGUAUUAAGAAUCUGCCUGGCACAGAGCUAAGAAUCUGUGGAAAUCUUACAUGCUGAAUUUAACUGUAAUCCUCACAAGAACUCUAUGAAAUGAGAGCUAUUCUCAUUCACAUUUCACAGGUGAGAGGACUGAGUUUUAAGAAGUUCAGUAACUUGUCUGAGGGCCCACAGCCAGUGGAUGAUCUGACUCCAGGGUCCUAUGCUUUAUGACUUUCUGCUCUUGCUGUCCUGAUAGGUGCCUUCAAUCCAGCCCUGUCUCUCUGCUUGAAAUAAGUGCUAUUCCAUCCCACCUUCAUAGGCUCCCCUUCCCCAUCCUUCUAAGUGCAGCCCAAAUGCCACCAUCUUGAAUUACUGCACUCCAGGUGGCUGUAAUAUCGCUCUCUGAAAUUCCUCUGUCUUUGCUACUCAAAGUGUAACACACCAGCUGCAGAUCUGGGGUGUGGCUCCCGGGGCAUCUCCUGGGAGCUUCUUGGAAAUGUAGAAUCUGAGGCCACAUCUCAGAUCUCCACACUUAGAAAGUGCAUUUUAACAAACUCCCCACGGGAUUUCUGUGGGCAGUAGUUUAAGAAGAACUGCAGUAUAAAGCUUUUUCUUGUUUUCUUUUUUUACUUUGUAUCUCUGUUAUUUGUUUACCUGUUUUAUAUUCUCAAACCAUAAGCUUUUUGAGGGCAGGAGGGGAUUACAUUCUCUUUUGAGUAUCCAUAAAUAUGUGUAAAAUAGAAGAAGGCACAUAGUUUUUUACAACACGGCACUUAUAUUCAGAAAUUUAGACUAUAUUCUAAGUCUAUGUUGUUUGGAAUAGUUUCUCCCACUGUGCUAAUAGAAUCAUUUGUAGCAAUUAUUUUACUCAUUAUGUUUCCAUAAUCUUAGGCUUUUGAUAACAUCGAAGAUGUGAAGAGGCAUAGUCUAGGUUUCUAAAAUAAUAAUUCCUUCCCAUAGCCUUUGAUCUAUAUCUAUAUCUAGUCCUUUGAAUACAACAUUUUUCACUGCCAAAGCACAAAUGUAGAUAUCACAGAUUUGGAGAAAAAUCAAUACUUAGAAAAUAGAAAUACUGAAAGCUAAAGACUCCAAUCAAUUUCACAUAUGAAGUUUUAAGGUUUGUCUGCAGUCAGGAUUCUCACUGUCUUCCAGGAAGCUUGGAAUGAAAUUUUGUUUUGACAAGGAUUUGAUUCCAAGCUUUAUUUUAGGGGUGAUUUUGUUAAUAGCAUAACUUCAGUCACUACAGAUGCUCCUGUAUUGUUGCUUACAAUUUAUAUACUAAGGAUAAAGUUACUGAUAUUUUGAAAUAACUGUGUGUUUUCUAGUUCUUUAUUUGAACACAGUGUUUGCAUGUAUUUAUAACUAAACGUUCUCUAUGAGUGUGACCAACUGAUUAUUGAGAUUGGCAGAUGCUAGGGCCCUUCAAUCAGCUUCUCAUUGCUACACAAUCUGGCUUUUCUCUUCCUUUCACAGAAUAUGUAAUUGGAAUACAUGCAUGAAAGGAAAAGAGGGCAAACACAUAUCAGUGGCUUUUUUUCUUUUUUCUUUUUUUCACUUCUACGGAUUCCAUUUCAGCAGUUAGUAUGACCUCUCGUGAUGUUCCAAAUCUAAAAAUGAUCAAAACAGAAAUCUACUCUUUGGAGCUGGCACAAUUCCUCAAUUUAGUAAUGAUUCUGCUUUACCUCUUUUUAGAAUUUCUUCUUUCUGCGUGAGUGUGUGUGUGUUGUGUUAGUAUGAGGCUCGCUUCCCACCUCAGUCACUGGUUUGCUCGCUCCCUUAUGUGAUGAAUCAAUGCUUUCAGAACAGGGGCUUCUGAGUGACUGCGGGAACAAUUACUUCCAAAUGAACUCGUGCAUCUUAUCAGGGAGCAUUCAGACCACACCCCAGGUCUCUGCUGGUGGUUCUGAAGCCAAACCUCUGAUCUUCACAUUUGUCCCCACUGUCAGAAGACUACCAACCCAUACUCAGUUGACUGACACCUCUAAAUUCCUUGUUAAAAUUCCAGAAGAAUCAAGUGAUAAGAGUCCAGAAACUGUAAAUAGGUCUAAGUCCAAUGACUACUUGACCUUGAAUGCUGGGAGCCAACAAGAGAGAGACAAAGCGACAUUGACUUGUCCUUCAGAGGUCAGUGGAACGAUUUUACAAGAAAGGGAAUUUGAAGCAAACAAACUUCAAGGAAUGCAGCAAAGUGACCUCUUCAAAGCUGAAUAUGUCCUUAUUGUGGACUCUGAAGGGGAAGAUGAGGCUACAAGCAGAAAAGUUGAACAAGGCCCCCCAGGGGGGAUUGGUACCACAGCCGUCCGGCCCAAGUCUCUAGCAAUCUCUUCCAGUCUGGUCUCUGAUGUAGUGCGUCCCAAAACACAGGGGACUGAUCUCAAGGCCUCAUCACAUUCUGAAAUGCUUCAUGGGAUCGCCCCUCAGCAAAAGCAUGGGCAGUUAACUUCUUCUUCCACUACCUCUGAGCAGCUUGCCUGUAAACCACCUGCUUUCUCCUUUGUUUCUCCAACUAAUCCGAACGCACCACCCGACCCAGUUAACCUCGAGGGAGCCUCUGUCCUAGAGGAGUUCCACACUAGGAGGCUGGAUGUCGGUGGGGCCGUGGUGGAAGAAUCAGCUACGUAUUUUCAAACUACCGCUCACUCUACACCCUUUUCUGCAUCGAAGGGCACCUCCUCGACGUUACUGUUUCCCCAUUCCACUCAACUAUCAGGUUCUAACUUACCCAGUUCAACUGCGGCAGAUCCAAAGCCUGGACUGACCUCUGAAGUUCUCAAGAAGACAAGUUUAACCUCGCAUGUCCUUAGUCGCGGAGAAAGUCCGAGAACCUCUUCUCCUCCAUCGUCCUCCAGUGCUUCUCUGAAGUCGAAUUCAGCCUUGUACAUACCAGUCCGCAUUGUCACGCAUUCACUGUCUCCGAGCCCCAAACCAUUUACCUCCUCUUUCCACGGCUCUUCUUCCACCAUCUGCAGCCAAAUGUCAUCUAGUGGAAAUCUUUCAAAGUCAGGGGUAAAAUCCCCGGUGCCUUCCCGGCUUGCCCUUCUCACUGCCAUUCUCAAGUCAAACCCUUCCCACCAAAGACCCUUUUCCCCUGCAUCCUGUCCCACCUUCUCUCUCAACUCCCCGGCCUCUUCCUCGCUCACACUUGAUCAAAAAACAAAGCACACCCCACCCACGCCUAAAAAAUCUCUCUCAAGUUGUUCCCUGAGAGCCGGGUCUCCAGAUCAAGGGGAAUGCCAAGUUUCUGAGUUGACCCAGCAAUCUUUUCACCUGCCUGUUUUCACCAAGUCUACCCCACGUUCUCAGGCGCCCUCCCUCUCUCCUACAAAACAGGCUAGUAGCAGCCUUGCUUCCAUGAAUGUAGAGAGAACACCAUCACCUACUUUGAAGAACAAUACCAUGCUUUCCCUGCUACAAACCAGUGCAUCCAGUUCUGUGGGUCUUCCUCCUGUUCCACCAAGCUCUUCUCUUUCCUCUUUGAAGAGUAAACAGGAUGGUGACCUCAGGGGUCCAGAAAACCCCAGAAACAUUCACACCUACCCUUCUACAUUAGCCUCCUCUGCAUUGUCUUCUCUAUCUCCUCCUAUUAAUCAAAGAGCUACGUUCUCUUCUUCAGAGAAAUGUUUCCAUCCUUCCCCAGCUCUUUCAAGCCUGAUAAACAGAUCUAAAAGAGCAUCAUCCCAACUAUCUGGCCAGGAGCUGAAUCCUUCAGCUCUUCCUUCACUCCCUAUCUCCAGUACUAGCUCUGCCUCUCUUCCCAACUUGAGGUCCUCCUCUCUCCCUCGUGCCAAUCUGCCCACCCUGGUGCCCCAGCUCAGUCCCUCAGCUCUGCAUCCACAUUGUGGCAGUGGUACCCUGCCUUCAAGACUUGGGAAAUCUGAAAGCAGCACCCCCAACCACAGGUCACCUGUUUCAACCCCAUCACUUCCCAUAUCUCUAACAAGAACAGAGGAGCUGAUUUCACCUUGUGCAUUGUCCAUGUCAACAGGCCCAGAAAAUAAGAAAUCAAAGCAAUACAAGACCAAGUCAAGCUACAAGGCUUUUGCAGCAAUCCCUACAAACACAUUGCUUUUGGAACAGAAGGCACUAGAUGAACCAGCCAAGACUGAAAGUGUCUCCAAGGACAACACAUUAGAACCACCAGUGGAGCUGUAUUUCCCUGCACAGCUCAGGCAGCAAACUGAAGAGCUCUGUGCUACCAUUGAUAAGGUCUUACAGGAUUCCUUGUCUAUGCAUUCUUCUGAUUCUCCUUCAAGGUCCCCAAAGACAUUGUUGGGUUCUGACACAGUCAAAACUCCCACAACUCUUCCAAGAGCAGCUGGUCGAGAAACCAAAUAUGCAAAUCUCUCCUCACCAUCUUCUACAGUAUCUGAGAGUCAGCUGACUAAGCCUGGAGUAAUUCGCCCAGUACCUGUAAAAUCCAGAAUAUUACUGAAACAAGAGGAGGAAGUCUACGAACCCAACCCUUUCAGUAAAUAUUUGGAAGAUAACAGUGACCUCUUUUCUGAACAGGAUGUAACAGUCCCUCCCAAGCCUGUCUCGCUCCAUCCUUUAUAUCAGACUAAACUCUAUCCUCCUGCUAAGUCACUGCUGCAUCCACAGACCCUCUCACAGGCUGACUGUCUUGCCCCAGGACCCUUCAGUCAUCUGUCCUUCUCCUUGAGUGAUGAACAGGAUAAUUCUCACACCCUCCUCAGUCACAAUGCAUGCAACAAGCUGAGUCAUCCAAUGGCAGCUAUUCCUGAACAUGAAGCUCUUGAUUCCAAAGAGUAAUGAAGUUGGAGCAGAGGCUGAAAACACAGGCUGCUGAAGUUUUUUGGAAUGCUGGUGCUAACCACUUGCUAGAUUUAACUUUUUUUUCCCCCCAGAAUUAGUGCUCCCUUUAUGAGCUGCAGUGCAGCAGAACCAAAAAAAAAGUUUGCUGCAGUUAUAUAGCAUCACAGUGCUCUGCUAACAGCCAGCAUAGGAGAGAUUUACCUACAGCUUUUUGCACCACUGUUCAAGCCUUUAAUGCCUUCUACUUAAUAUUAAGCUGACAGCAAUACUAACGUGCCCCUAUAUUUAGCAGCCAAAUAAAGAAGAAUCAUGGGUAAAUAG